AUGAAUGCCGAAACCGACGUCACGGCGCAGAGAAAAUCGCCUCGCGGCUCUUGCACCAGCUCACCGUCGCCGCGGAAGAGCUCCUCGCCGAAGAAGCAACGGGAACCGUCUGGGCAGCAGGGGCCCCUGGACGAGCGUCCCAAAGCCGAGCGCAGCGCUUCAGAAAGCCCCGCGGACGGCGACUCCAGCCAUGCACACAGGCGUAGCGACUCCAUUGGCAGCUCGUUGCUGGCUCACAUGCAUAGCCUGGCCUUUCAGUGUGAGGAUGACCAGCAUCAUGCCAGCGCGUCCACCUGGCGGAGUACAGCGGCGGCGUUCCGGUCGUGGGCACGCAGCAUGGCACCCCUCUUCGUAGCGCUCCUCGCCGCCUUUGUGCUCGUCGCCUUCUUCGUGGGCUCGUCGAUUGCACGCAAAGUACACCCGGAGGCCCUCCAGGCUAGUGGCUGCACGUCCAGAGACUGCAUAGAGCACAUGGCACGCCUGUACAACGAGCUGAACACCAGCAUCGACCCGUGUUGGGACCCGGUGGCCUACGUGUGUGGCAAUGUGCGCUGGGACAGCGAUCUCGUGUCGGACGCGCUCACCGACAUGCUAACGCGCUGGUACCAUCACGGUGCCGCCUUUCUCGAACAGCGAAGAAAGUCGCCCGUGUCGGCGCUGUACCAGGCUUGCAUGUCACGGGGCAGCGACACCGACAAGCGCCCCAGGGAGAUCCUGGAAUUUCUUAGGGGUCGAGGACUACCAUGGCCCCGCAGGUCCAUAGACUUCGGCUUUGACAAAGACGCCUUGGAUGUGAUCCUCGACCUUCUCAUCAACUGGGGCGUCAGUUCCAUUAUGGAGUUAAGCCUCAGGAAACUGCCAGGCGACACGAGGUACAGCCUGUGUAUGAGUUACAAUCACAUCACUCUCCGGCGCGCCUCAUGGUUCAACUACUCCAAGGUGGAAGGCCGUCGGCUCAAGUACGUGCAGACCAUGUACCACCUGUACGGGGCAGGCGACACUCCGCUGGCCCAGAUGCGUGACCUGGUGGCUGACGAGGAAAGGUUCCUGCGCAUUGCCUUCCAUGCCCUCGCUAGCGCCAACCGUGUCGUCAUGAAACUGCGCAUGGUUCACCUGGACCUGCUUACGCCCAACGUAAGCAGCGACCGUUGGCUGGAAUACCUCAACAAGCACCUCCGUCCACACCGCUUGCUGCCCAACGACAACCUCCUGGUAGUCGACAAGGUCGUCACCACGACGACCAACGCGCUUUUCGAGAGCAUCACUGCUUAUCCAACUUCGCAGGGUGGAAUUACUCCCGAAAUUUAUUUUUUGCUCGUUAUCCCGCUGCACUUAAGGUUCAGCAACGCAGACCUGCUGGAGCAAGUGGCGUGGGGCUUCAUCGACAAGUACUCGUUCGCCAAUUCGUACGCGGCAGCCGUGGCGACGUACGGCGACGAAGAGGCCGUGGCUCGCUUCAAUCCCGGCAUGUGCUACAUGCUCACCGAGAACCGCUACCGGAAGAGGCUUUUCUUCGAGAGGAGCGCGGCGCUCGGAGGCUCCCUUUUCAUGGGCAACGUAAGCGCCAUCUUCGAAGACCUGCGCAACACAACCCAGCGGCUGAUCUCCGGCGCAGCAACAUGGAUUGACCCACAAGCGCGAAACGAGGCGGCAGCCAUAGUGAGUCUGACGCACUUCGAGCCCUUCAGGUCCGCCAACAAUACUUCCCUGGAGACCUUGCCACGCCAGUUCCACUCACCGUUCGAUGGUUGGAUGAAGGCUGCCGAACUGCACCGUCGCACGUUCCCUGGCUGGCCCCUGAACGACAGCAUGCUUCACCGUCAUGGCAUGUACUCUUUUCCUGUGGAAUACGAGUACUGGUGGAACACGCUGUACGUGAACCCUGCCAUGGCGGCGGCGCCCUUUUUCUACAUCGGGGCACCGCCUUCGGUCAACUACGGAGGCUUCGGCGCGUCCGUUGCUGGGCAACUGGUCAGAGGCUUUGAUACGCAGAUCGGCUCGUUCCUGGACUCUAAGAGAUCCGUGAGAAGCUGGAUGUCGAGGAAAACGCGCAAGGUGUUCGAGGACAAGGUCAGCUGCGCGAACGGCAGAUACAGCGUGCUCAUGAACGUGGCCGCCGCCCAGAUAGCGUACCGGGCGUUUCGGGAGCAGUAUGCGGAUGAACCGAGCCGCUACGUCGUCGGCAAGAAUGUCUCUUUGACGCCGGACAUGCUCUUCUUCGUGACACUCUGCCGCACCAUGUGCGGCGUGGGCGAAAUGUGCUCCAGGGUCCUCAGAAACAUGGCCGCGUUCGGACGCGCCUUCUCUUGCAAGCCACAUGCGCCCAUGAACCCCAGCAGGAAGUGCUCUUUCUUCGAACAGGCGUGA